AUGAAGCCAGGAAGUGACACACAACGUACAGCACAGAUCCUUGAUAUCCGCCUGCGUGACGCAGCUGGUCUGACAUGCACUCUCGCGUUGGUUAGCAAGUACUUCGACGAUAACGUGUGCUUAGAAGUUCACCAAACAAAAGGUUUACAAGUACGAGCCAUCGACCAAGCCAAGUGCAGCUUUGUGGAUGCGUUCUUCCCAGCAUCGACCGCCCAUGGCCUUGUACCAGUGUUCAGUCGUUUCGACUGCGACCGGGCAUACUUUCCGAUGUGGAUAGCGCCUGCGCUGUUAGGCCGGGCGAUCCGCACCGCCACGGAAGGCCAUCAUCUUGUGCUGGAGGCUGAAGUGGCGGCAGGAUCCGGACAACGGUCAUUGGGGGUCGUGAAGAGCACGCGUCAGGAGCUGGCCUUGCUAACCCCUACUACCGACGCGUUAAGUUGCUUCGUGGACGGCGACGCCUUCACCUUUACAGCCGAGGCGCUCUUCGAAGCCCCCGACCUCCUUGCUGAUAUUCUAUCGGACGUCAGGUCUAGCGGCUGCGAGGAGGUCAGCCUAGCCCUCGGGCCUUCAAGCUUGCAGCUCAGCGGCAGGGCAGGCGACAACUGCUCUAACCUGCAGGUGUCGUUGCGGGGAAGUGCAGGCCCCGGGAUGGGCGCGCUUUCCCUCAACGCACCAAAGGGAACCGUACAGACACAUUUCAAGGCAGGCGCGCCAUCUGCAGCGCCUAUCCCACCUGCGGGCGAGGAGGCGCCGUUGAGCGCAACCUUUGAGCUACACGGUGGAGGUACCUGCCAAAUUUUCAUCGCGCCUUGCUUAGAGGACGAGCUUCAAGACGAGGAGAAAGAGGGGCAGGGGUUCACAUCUAUCAAGGCCGCAGAAGUCAGCAGGCGACCCGGGAAGCGCUGUGUCGCGGAGGUGGUCAGCGAAGGCUGCAGCGGUGGCAGCAGCGGUGCCGGCGAUGGCGGUUGGGGCGUAAGCCCGCGGGGUCGAGUGAAGCGCGCUGGAGCUGCUGCUUGUGAUGAGGCGACGGUGCCGUACAACGGAAGCGACUCUGUGCUAACUGUGACGGCAAGAUCGCAAU